AUGGGUGUUGCGCUGUCUGCUACACGACGCGCGUUAAAUCGUUUUAACGUUGAAAAUCGAGCAGUGAAAGAAAUGUCUAAGGAUAAACCUACGCCGGCUCCCAGGCACCCAUCCAUGACCCUCGCUAUUGAACAAAUGGCAAAAGAAAACCCAGAUGUACUAAACCAUGAACUGACGAAAAAUACUGCCCUCGAUAGUCGUUUGAAGCGAGUGUUUGUUAUUUCCAAGGAUACGCAGCCUGAAGUUUCAGAACCUACUCGCCCAUUGCCUCAAUCACACAAAGUAGUAGAGUCUCCUGAAUUUGGAUUUGAAGAACCAGAAAUGAUUCCACGGUGGCGAUUUGUUUUACGUCAUUUUAUUACACUCCAUCAGGAAAACCCUAAGGAAAAGACUCCAGCUUUAUUAGCUAAGAAAUACAAAUUAGAUCCUGUUAUCAUGGAUAAAAUUCUUACCUACUACAAAACAUCUGAAGUUUAUACACCUGAAACAAAGGGAAAAUCACGAGGAAAUGCACUGGCAGAACCACUCAAGUCACCACAAACGGGGUUACAAGCUGGAAAGCCGUAG